AUGCAUGGAGGCAGCUCUCCUGCUGCUGCCCACGAAGCAGCAGAAGCAGAAGCAGCAGCAACGGAUGGUGCAACAAACGCGUAUGUAGAUCCAUCUGCUCCUGCGACCGUGUCCGGAACAGUAGCGGAGUUCGGCACUAUCCCAAUCCUGAGAGCUUCUGAGGACGGCGGCAGCAGCAACGGCAGCAGCAGCAAUGACAGCAACCACAGCAGUGGCUUGAACCAUAUCGGGGAUGUGGGAGUUCUGGAAGGCAGCCCUGUGCCCCUUUCGCUUCCUUUUACUCCUCUUAAGCCUCAAAACUCAUUGCAGUCCUUGCUGCAAACGCAUGCAACAAGGAUUCAGCAGCAGCAGCAGGAACAGCAGCAGGCAAUCGGAGCAAGCAACACGGUGGUACCCAUGCGAACUGCAGGACGCAUGGGAGGUGAGGGGCUUAAGAGUGCUGCUGCUGAGAUGCUUUUGCUGCUGUUGUCUGUCGCUGUCUCUCCCAAACUCCGUAUGUCGGAUGCGUGUGCUGCUUCUGAAACUGCUGCUCGUGUUUCGGUAUCUAAUCAGAACCGGUUUCGCGAACUGAUGGCUGCCAACAAACCUCGGGAAGACACUCUCAGGCUCAUCACACCAGAAGAG